UGAAGAGGGGGAGUCAAGAGCAUCUUGCACUUGUGUUCGCCUCGCAUGGAGCAGGGUAAAAAUUCUGUUCCGAUUAUUAUUAAUUUAUAGCUUUAUCACACAGCAGGUUGCAGUACAUCUGUUCGUCAUUUCUUUUCUUUUUUUUUGCAAACCGUUCCGUGUCCAGCCGUAGCCUAUUAACAGGAUUUUUAUUCGGCCCUUUUUUCAAUGACACGGACUCGCGAUGCCAAACAUCAUGAAAUAAUUCCAUUGCACGAAGGAAGUGGAGCCGGGAAAGACAGAAUGAAGUUGCAAAUCUCCGGUCUUUUGCUUGUAAUGGCAGUAACCAAUGCAACGAUUGAGGCUCCUGAGGAGUUUCUCUCAUUGGCUGAGAUGGAGGACACUUUGUUGAGGAAUCUUUUUAGGGGGUAUCAGAAGUGGGUGAGGCCUGUUCUCCAUGCCAAUGACACCAUCACUGUUCGCUUCGGUCUGAAGAUUUCACAGCUGGUGGAUGUGGAUGAAAAGAAUCAGCUAAUGACCACUAAUAUCUGGUUGUGGCAGGAGUGGACGGAUUAUAAACUUCGGUGGAACCCGGAAGACUAUGGUGGAAUUACAUCUAUCAGAGUGCCCUCAGAAACUAUCUGGCUACCAGACAUAGUCCUAUAUGAGAAUGCUGAUGGCCGAUUUGAAGGUUCUCUAAUGACCAAAGCCAUUGUGAUGUUUAACGGUACCAUCAUGUGGACUCCUCCAGCCAGCUAUAAAUCCGCCUGUACCAUGGAUGUCACCUUUUUCCCUUUUGACAGGCAGAACUGCUCAAUGAAGUUUGGAUCCUGGACAUACGAUGGCACUAUGGUGGAUCUGACACUUCUAGACCAAUACGUAGACCGUAAAGACUUCUUUGACAAUGGCGAAUGGGAAAUACUAAACGCAACCGGCCAGAGGGGCAGUCGCCAUGAUGGCAUCUACUCCUAUCCUUAUGUUACAUACUCAUUCAUACUGAAACGUCUCCCUCUCUUUUACACACUCUUUCUCAUUAUUCCAUGUCUCGGCCUAUCGUUUCUCACCGUGCUUGUCUUCUACCUUCCUUCGGAUGAAGGAGAAAAGCUUUCGCUUUCCACCUCCGUCCUUGUGUCUCUUACUGUGUUUCUACUUGUUAUUGAAGAUAUAAUCCCAUCUUCCUCUAAGGUCAUCCCUCUGAUAGGAGAGUACCUCCUUUUCAUCAUGAUAUUCGUCACGUUCUCAAUCAUUGUUACUGUUUUUGUCAUCAACGUCCAUCACCGUUCCUCUGCCACAUACCACCCCAUGGCACCAUGGGUUAAGAGCCUUUUUCUCCAGAGGUUACCCAGACUGCUCUGUAUGAGAGGGCACACAGAUCGUUAUCAAUACCCCGACAUCGAGCUACGGAGCCCAGAGCUAAAACGAGGGAUGAAAAGAGGGCAACAGAAGGGUGCUGGAGGAGGAAAGAAGGAAGAUGAGAGCCAGGCCUGGAUUGCCCUGUUGGAGAAAGCUACACAUUCAGUCCACUACAUUUCAAGACAUAUCAAGAAGGAACACUUCAUCAGAGAGGUGGUUCAGGACUGGAAGUUUGUUGCUCAGGUGUUGGACCGGAUCUUCUUAUGGGUCUUUCUCACUGUUUCUGUGCUUGGGACCGUACUCAUCUUCACCCCGGCUGUGCAAAUGUACCUCAGCACAUCUUAAAAACACACGAUUUCAACCUGCUCCCUCAAAAACAUAACAACUGAAAACUCCUCUCAAAUAUAUAACAUUCCCACAUUACAGUAAUCCAUCUAAAUUGUCCUCAUCUGACCUAGCCAGAUUUGUAAUCCUCUCUGAAUUGAACUUCUAUCUCUGCCUCCCUAAAUCCUUCUCAAUGCUGUGCUCAGACUGACAAAAACUCUGCUAUAUUAAGGUUUAGGAGUUUCACACAAAAGGCAGCCAAGAUUGGUGGAGUUUGGAUCUGUGUAGACUCUCUUAGGGGAUUUCUGUUUUAAAGAUCUUCAAUAAUUUGAUUCAUCUAAAUACUCUAAAAGGUGUUACAUAGCUUAGGCCUCUUAUUUUGCAUUUAGACCCACUAAUAGUGUGAACAAGUAUCUGAUUUAAGGUUUCCUCGUUGCAGUAGUUAAAGGUUUAGUUCACCCAAAUUAAAAUGGUCUGUCAUAAUUUGUUCACCCUCAUGUUGUUUCAAACUUGCAUGACUUUCUCUCUUAUAUGGAACACAAAAGGAGAUGUUUAACCCUUAUGUUGUGUUACGUUCAUUUUGACCCAGACAACUUUUUUUCUUACAAAUAUAUAUAUAUAUAUAUUUUCUUUAUCCAAUUGGAAGAAAAUAUCUUGACUUUGUUCACAUAAUGGUAUCUGAAAAUACAACACAAAUUGGACAAUUUUCUCUGUUUUAUUUCACUUUGUUUCACUUCUUGUGUUCCUGAUCAAAAAUGACCGGCCAUCAGAAAUGAUUGGAUUAGACUACAAAAUACAGUCAUAUUUUUGUAUAUAAGUUUUAAUAAUAUAAGUUUUCAGGAGCAUCUCAAUCCUUUAGAUGAGCACAUAGCAUAUUGCAAAGUCCUUUUUCACACACACACACACACACACACACACACACACACACACACACAACGUGUCCUUUUGUGCGUCGUUUUUCCGUAUACUUUCCGUCACUUUUUGAGGAACAUUUCAUGAGCUCUUCAUCAUGUUAUGUUGUGUUUGGUCUCGUUUGAAUCGGGAUAGUCUGCUGUAAGUUACGCUAUGUCAUUGUCUAUGUUAUACAGUAUGUAUGUUUCAGGAAGUAAUAAGGAAUAUGUGACAAAAAGCCACUCCUGUUGUCAAUGGGAAUUUCAUACACAAACACUCACUGCAGUUUGUAAAUCAAAUUUGCUCAUUGCAUUCUACUAAUUGCUACUUUUCCAAUGAUAUUACCAAUCCUUAUUUUUGAACCACUCACUUCCAACCACAUUGCUCCACUUUGGUAUAUAACCACUUUUCAUGAUCGAAUUAAUUACCAAUGGAUAAAAAUCAACCACUACCCUAAAUUAUUUAGACUUAUCCACUGUAUAUCAGAUUACAAAAGCUGAAUCGGUUGUGAAAUCUACCAAAAGGUGUUUAUAUGUUUCCUCUUUUGUAAUGCAUUAAAGAGAAAUGGAAGCGCAGCGUAGUUCUAGCGGGAAGACUAGCAGCUGUACAUCAUCACAUCAUUAGCUGGGUAACUCCCAGCCAAUCGCAUGUAAGCCAUUGCUUUAUAAGUCUGCUCACAAUCUAUCGCAUUGCUGUUUCAGUGUGCUAACACGGCAACCUCCACCACCCCACCACCACCAGUUGAGUCCCAUCCCGCACAGGGGUAGGCUCCUCGCCCCUGCCUCCUAUCUCCGGCAGGAUAUGAUGGUUCCGAGAACAACUUCUUCGGACCACCAGACGGGGCUUACACCAAAGAAAGACAUUACUUUUCUGUUUUAUAUUCAUCAAAUAAAUGGCAUCUUAAACCUCACUCAAGCCUGCGUGUCUUCCCGAUAGAAAGUAUAUUAAUUUAGAAAGCUCCUGGGUGUUGACAGUGUAGUUUGUCUUUUUGAUAGACAGGCUUAAAUCUCAAAGCACCUGAUCUGGGAUGAUUGUGUCUGGCCUCUCAGAGAAGCACAGAGCAUGAAAUAUUUCAAUUUCCAGAGCGUGUGAAUUUCUCAUAAAGGUUUUCAAGCCACAUCUGGGCUCUGUAAUCACUGACUUAGCAACAGAUAAUGUGUAAACGCUAGACCGAAUUUCACGCUUUUGUGCCAUUCCUUUCUUUUCCAAGCAUGAGCUCUAGGCGCAUUCCCUUGAGAUCCUGCAUGCAUUCUUAGCGAUUACAGAGCUGUUCUAUGUGUUAAAAAUCCAUCACCACAUUAAUUGAGCGAAAUAAAUUUUUAGCUUUUUAUCCAUGUUAGAUAAAUCACUCUAAUGGCACAAAAAUACGUUCAAAAAUGGUUCAUAGCAUAUUUCAACCAACACCACAUUAAAGCAUUUCCAUCAGGGACUAAAAACAGUUCAAGGAACAAAAUUUUAAGCAGAACGUAACCGAAAACCAGAAAGUGAUUUUUAGUUGUUCCAGAGUGAAAGCGUUAUAUAUAAAUGAAUUUUGUUCCGAUAUUUUUUUUCAUGAAACUAAAGGCCAAAGUGUUUAUCACAGUACAUUUUUGGAGCUACACUACUUUAUGUUGCCUGAAAAAAAAAUGAAACAUGUGCUUUGACCCUGAAGGAAACUCCUGCAUCACACAUUUCUUUGCAUGUUGUGGACGUCACAUUCUCUGAAUAAAGACCUGUAGAACUACAUAUACAUGCACGAUUAAUCCAGAUACAAGAAACCAUAAAAAUGACAUUUCUCAGUUGUGUCUAAGUUUUCACUGAAUUAUUGUUAGAUAUGAUGCUGCUGGGUUUUGACUUAGAUCUGUAAAUAAAAUUAUAUUUAACUGUUAAUUAACCACUUGUUAUGAUUUCUAUGCUGAUAAAUCCACCACACAGGAAAAAUUUAACUGCUUAUUUUCACUUAUUUUGGUGAGGCAAGUGGCUUAUUUUGAGCUUGUUUUUCCAGACCAGGUGGCUUGUUUCUCUUGAGAGAUCUGGCAACACUGAACGCUAUGCUAUGCUAUUAACCAUUCUUUUAUUUUGUUCAAACAAGUAACCUUUUGGAAAGGAGGUUGCGGAAAUUCUGAACUGGAAACCAAAAAAUACAGUUUUUGCUCAGAACGAACUGAAAUGAAAAACAUUUAAUAUUUUGUCCCUUAUGGUUGUUGGGGUAGAAAAAUGGAGGGCAGUGGAGACAGUGACAGCGAUCUAGGUUUGCACACUUGUUAAGUCUUCUGUGUAUUAUGGUUGUACAGAAACGGUACACUAAAUUGUGCCCAAUACAAGUGGGGUGGCCAGGCUUUGGUCCAUGGUGGCCACGGCCACCCAUAGCCACCCCUUAGCUUCGCCACUGUAUGUAGGUUUACUAUCUGAGGGAGGCCCCUACUAAAAAGACCAGCUGAACCAGCAUGCAAUUCCCAUGAAGGUCUAUAGGCUGGCUAGUGCUGAUUUGGUGCUGGUCUAGCAGAUAUACCACCACAGUCAUGCUUUUCACCAGCAAAGCCUAGAGGCUGGUUGACCAGCAUGGUCUUUCUGAUGAAGCUGGUUAAGCUAGUUUAAAAGCAUAGUGGGGUCACCAGCAUCCCAUGCUGGGGGACCAGCACCCAAAACAGAACUUUAGCUGAUGACCAGCAAUGGUGGUCUUUUCAGCAGGGACAUCUAUGGGACACCCAUCUGUGGCCACUUAUGUAACACCUUUCAUUCAGCUCUUCAGGUCGGUAUGUGUGUGUGCACUCAAAGACAGACCAAUUAUGUUGCAUAAACAUAGCCAUUAACUCAAGACUUUGUUAAGUCUUAGAUAGUAAGUCGAAUUGCAUUAUAAGAAAAGAAAGACACUUAACAUCUUUUUGAAAUAAUGGCCGACAGUGGGCACACAACAACAUUUUCCCUCAUUAAAUAAACAACAACAGCAUGUUAGAGGAAUAUAAAGCUGUCAAAUGGAUUUUAGUGAACACAUUUAGAGCAAAUAAUGAAAAGCACAAUCAAUAAUGGAGGAUGAGUCACUGGUGUUGUUGGUCACCCGAAUCAUUGCCCAAAGAUGUUCAGAAAUCAUUUGAAUACAUGGUGGAGGUAGGAAUGAAGGAAGGAGGUAUCCAAUAAAAUCCUACAACAGCAGUAGGACCAAGUGCAAAAUUAAAAAGAAUAACAGAACUGGUCAUAAAAAUACGGCGUUGUUUUGGACAAUCCCAGUAGGGAGGGAAAGAGGAGUUACCAGCAGUGUGUCACCCAAGAUGUAAUAUACAUUGCUUCACUUCCAGCUCCACUUCUUACAGAGAAUGUAAAUUAAGUUAGCCACUGGAAUAUGCAGUCUUUUUGGUCUUAAUUUAUAAAUUCUUAAUAAGUUUCAAUGCAACUGACUUAAAAGUGAAACAUUUUGGAAAAUUGAAACAAAAGUUGUAUUUUGUUUCUCUCCCAAAGUGAUCAUAUCGCUUCAGAAGACACGGAUUAAACUACUUGAGUCGUAUGGACUUUUAUGUUGCUUUUAUGCCCUUUUUGGAGCUUGAAAGUUUUGGAACCCAUUGACCUACAUUGUACAAAACAUCAUAAUUCCUUCAAAACAUAUUUGUUUGUGUUGUGCAGAAGAAAGGAAGUCUUAAGAGUUUGAGACAGCAUGAGGGCGAGUAAAUGAUGAGUACAUUUAUUUCAUUUUUUGGGUGAACUAUCCCAUUAAGUAAGUCUUCCUUACAGUAAAUAAGUCUAGUCUAAAACAGAUCCAACAAGCCCCAGGUGAUCGGUGACCUCCACCCUUGACUCAUCCUUCUUUAACUGUGUCAAGUAUGCCAGAAGAAGAGUGACAGUACGCUAUAAGUUGUUUUCUCCAUCUCGCGGCAUUUCGGUACUUUCUUCGAAAGAAGCAGAGGUUGAUAAACCCAUUGCUGUUUUAGGGAUAAGGACACCUCCAUUGCUGAAAUGGCAGUCUUUCUCCUCCAACCCCUCCAUGUCCAGGGUGGAGAAGGCUUAUGCACGUGAUGACAGAGGUCUGUCAUAUUAUUUCACCAGAUCCUCCAUAGAGACCUGGGAAGAUGGGAGGGUCUGUCAAACCACAGGUGUAGCACUAGCGGGGAGGAAAACUUCCUAUCUAGCCUUCAGCAUUUAGCUAUGGGUACAGCUGCUGACAAAAACGAUCUUGCUGUCGCUCAUCCUGAUCUCAUUCCUGGGAAAAAACAUGAUCAAAUAUGUAUUUGAUAUUAUGCUUAAGAAAUGGCAAGACCACUACUGUAGUUAGCAAAAUGCACUAUUUGUAGCAUAUGAUGCUACAAAUAGCACACAUAUUCUUCUAAAUAUCUUCAAUUGUGUUCAGCAGAAGAAAUAAAGUCAUACGCAUCUGGGAUGCAUGAGGGUGAGAAAAUGAUGAGAGAAUUUAAAUUUUUGGGUGAACUGUCCCUUUAAGCAAAUUACAAAAGCAGUGACCAAACGUUUGAUUCUAUUCGCGUUUGAGUGGUAACAAACAAAUUUGGAUCCUAUUAUAAAUCCAGCUGAUGAGCAAAAUGGCGUUUGAUUGCUUAUAUGUACUGACCAAUGGGCUUAAAAUACUCACCAAUGUGUAUAUUAAAGUGAGAGCAAGUCAACCGAAAGAAAACUAGCUUACACUGUAAUAGGAUCUAAAAUACAUAUUUUAAAAGGUUUUGACAUAUAUGACAACUUCACAACUCUUAAUGUAUGGAUGUAUUGUUCUCAAAAUGCAUGUUUAGGCUUCAAAGAUGCGACAGCAGUUUUCAAGUCAGGUCAUCUGUCAAGUCAUUUAAUACAAAGAAAUGAGAAGUGUUGAAUGAAUCUGUCCUUUAAUUAAAACAGACCUCAGCUCUUUAAUAGUCUGACU